AUGUCAUCUCCUCAUGUUCUCCGUUUUGAUAGAUCAGAUGAGCAAGGUUCCUUCAUUUUGGUCCACUUGGUUCAUGCAUCUGAGUCAUCUCUUGACCUCACCUUGACCGCGACGGAGGGUGAAGGUGCAUAUGCUGCCUCAAUCAAAUAUUCACAAUUAAAAGAUCUACGAUCCAAAAGCUACCAGGGUUCCGAUGCAGAGUGGACCCAGGUGAUUCGCCGCAUCCUAGGCCAAUCAACCGAAGAUGAAACGACAUCCUCAUUCAAACUCGAAGCCACAGCAAACAUAACAGAAUCAGCCGACGGAAAUCAGAUCACCAUCACCAUCCGCAAAAGAGUCCAAGACAUCACAGUACGUUACUACCCAACACCAAAGGACUACCUUACUACUCUCUCUCUAACACCCCACCAGCAAAGACUCGGAACAAUCAUUCUAAAAGAAAGCGAUGCGGAAAUCGAGCUCUUCGAAUGGGCCGGCAUAGCAGCCGCCAGAAACAGGACCCUGGAACAGGAAGCUUCCAGCCUAAACGCCCGCUAUCAAGACGCAGCAGACACCGUCCAGAAACUAACCCAACAACUAGACGAACUAGUCCAAGCAAAAGCCCAGCACGAGAAUCAGCUAAUGGCAAACUUCACCCAGCUGCUAAACGAGAAGAAACUCAAGAUUCGGAAUCAGCAGCGUCUCCUGGCUUCUGCUACCGCGGACCCCGAUAAAGAUGACUUCGAGCCAAUGGAUCUCGACCAGGAGAAGGGCGGCAAGUCGGCAGCGGACCAAGAUACCGAUUCUGACGAUGGAGGCCAAUCGACGCCACCGCCCGAAGAUGGUGGAAACACAACUACAGAUGACGAGUCUGCAGAGGAGCAGGAUCCAGAACCGAAGCAGAAGCGCCCUUCGGCUCCAAAGGCAAAAGAAGCUGCGCCCCCUCCUCGACGUGAAUUACCUUUUACGCGACGAGGUGCGGCCACGGCCCCGAAAGCUGCGACGCCUCCGCCUCCGUCUAUGGGUAGUGAUGAGACGGGGGAGAGACGGAUGAUGAUGAGCUUUAGUUAG